CUUCUGUCAACAUUGGUUGGCAGUUGAGAAGGAUGAUGGGAGGGUGGACCGAUUUCUGAGCGCAGCCGGACGCGAUGAACUCACCAAUUUCAGCUCAAUUUUUCAAGAAAAGACCCGUCAUGAUAUGAGCGAUGGUCACCUGUGGUUCUCGGUAGCCUCCCGUCCCACCCGGAGUCACUUCACCCGUGUCCAGAGGGCCUCCUGCUGCCUGUCUCUGGUCUUCCUCACCAUGAUCACCAACGCCAUGUUCUAUCGGACAGACGACAGCCUCAGACAACAAGUGUACCGUUUGGGCCCUUUUGUCUUCACCCCAUCGCAGUUGUGGAUCAGUGCUGUCAGCACACUUAUCGUGUUUCCAGUCAACUUUGUCAUUGUCUACGUCUUUACAAAGUCACGGCCUAACCCGGUGAAGAUCAAACACCCGUCUACCGGGUCUCUUUAUAAGAUUCCAUCUAGUGCGUCAAAGGUACACCGCGAUCGAAUAAAACGGCAGCAUGAUAAGACGAGGAAACAGUCCGGCCUGCCCCACUGGUGUGUGUACAUCGGCUGGGUUCUGGUCUUCCUGUCUGCAACAGGAUCGGCCUUCUUCGUCAUCCUCUACAGCAUGGAAUGGGGAGCGGAGAAGUCUGGAGAGUGGCUGACUUCAAUUCUUCUUUCCAUCUUCCAAUCGGUUCUCAUUGUUCAACCACUUAAGGUUCUCCUGCUUGGUCUCUUGAUUGCUUUCAUUUUCAAAAAGAUCGGCAAGGCAGAGAUGAUGGACGCUGAUGCCUUGAAUGGCGAUGAGGAGUUUCUACCAAAACCCAUGGACGCCGAGGAUGUGAGGCCUCCCGCUAAGCCCGUGUCGUGCCGCGCCAGUGACGACAGGCAGCUUGCUGCAGCUCGCGCUCUGCGCCUGAAGGAAGCCCGGAUGCGCACAAUCCUGUGGGACGUCUUCAAGCACUUUCUCGUCGUGGCGGUUGUGUUCUACCUGGCCUUCAGCAGCUCGGCAACCGUAGGGCAUCACAUGCACAAAUCGCUAAAGCAGAGGUUUCCAACCUUUAAAAAGAUUGACAGCGUCGACAAGCUGUGGUCCUGGUCCAACACCGAGCUGCUGGGGGUCCUGUUUACCCAGAACGGUAGCAAGCUCCUGGACGACCAGUCCUACCGAGUUGGAGCAGCCGCAUUCAAGCAAUUCCGGAGCCGACCAGGUGACUGCACAACGAACAUCACUACAUUUCCGAGGUGCAAGUUAGAUUACACGAUGGCACAGCAUGAGGAGGGAGAUUUUGCCGUUGGAUGGCGACCCCUGCCGGAGGCGGAUGCCAAUGCAACAAGAUGCCGACGACGUUGUACAAAUGACACGGCUUGGGAUUUUACAGAAGGGAAGUCACUUCCCUACUUCGGACAGGUGAAGACUUACGUCGAUGGGGCUUAUAUGUUUGAGAUCGGCAACGAUCCUGACCCAGCCGCCUCAGUCAUGGAACGUCUACAAAAGCGUGAAUGGCUGGAUGGCUUCACUGAAGCUGUUGUGGUCGAAAUAAAUGCCUACAAUGCCAACGCCGAUCUUUUUGCUGUGAUAACGUUGAUGGUCGAGUUUGUAGCCGGGCGAGGGACUACACCAACUCGGAACAUCCACAUCUUUAAGCUGUCAUCCUACGUUGGAACCUCUGGACAACUGAUGGUAGGAUUCCAGAUCACAUUUGUGGUUUUGUUUGUCUUGUCGCUAUUCCGAGAGGGGAAGAAAAUGUUCCACCAGAGGAGGACGUACUUCUGUCAACCCUGGAACUGUCUGGAAUUUCUGCGGCUUCUCAUCUGUGUCGUAGCCAUCGUCCUUUUCUCUGUGAAGGAGGGGCUGCGUAGCAGUUACGUCAGCCAGCUAAAGGCUCUUGAAGGCGGUUACCUCAGCUUUCGCAUCAUCGCUGCCUUCUCCGACGUCUUUGCUUCCGUGUUGGCAAUUCUCGUCUUCGUCAUGACGUUACAAUUCCUGCAGUUACUGAGCUUCAACCGAGCUAUCGGUGUCCUUUUCCAUACUCUUCGGAAAGCAACCAACAAGAUCGCAGCAUUCCUUUCCAUGCUUUGUGUUGUUUUCAUAGCUUUCAGCACAUCGGGAGGUCUGCUGUUUGGAGGCGAGGCUGACGGCUACAUCAACAUCCUGACCUCCGCACGAACCUUGCUCGUCAUGAUGUUCGGAGACACGACUUUCAAAGACAUGUCCGCAGACCACCUCGUCAUUUUCCGCAUUUAUUUUCUGAGUUUCGUCAUAGCGGUGGUGAUGAUCCUGGCCAACAUGUUCCUGGGCAUACUGGACGAACAAUUCGCUACAUCAAAGAACAACCCGAACGGUCCUGGCGGGGAUAGUGACAUGGGCGAGUUUAUGGUGGACAGGGUCCUGCAGUAUUUCGGGAUAGGGACCAGAUCCGUGCGUCCAAGAGAAAAUAAGGAGACCUAUGAAGAGCAGGAUACAGCCGAACACUUGCAGGAGUUGGAGGGUAAACUGGACCUGGUUCUGAAGAAGAUAAACUCACUUUAGUUCACAUCAGAGUCGACAGGAGUCAAGCAAGAGUAUCAGAUCGAACCUCAUUAUUAGGACAUUAAAUGAUUGAAUAUGUGUAAAGAUAUACAAAUGUGCGUAAGUAUAACCUGGUAGCCAGCCUACUGUGGCUUGGCAAGGCUCUAUCCUGGGCCGAUGAAGCGGCAAAUUUAACUCUUACGGCUUUUUAAAGCUACUCUUUCGCACCCUACAGGAGUUUAAGAACUUCUUCCGGGUCACGAAAGAAUUGCACGGCGGCAGAGAGCUUCGUUGGCCCGGAGAGAUGAUGCCCAAGUCAUGAUAGCCUGGAUGCCGUUUUGUAACAAAUAUGAUUUAUAAAGUGAAUGUGUUUUCUAUUGUUGGAAGAGAACAAUGUAUAAUAAAAUAAAUUUGAAGAUUUAAGCUGACGUACAUGUAUCUGUAACGUUGCAUGCUAUAUUUAUAACAUUAAGUAAAACAACUAUGUGUUGUAUAUAGUGUAUGCAAUUCAAUAACCUACCAUGUUACAAAACGACAAAAAAUGUAUUUUUCUUACACGUCUUCUCUCUCAUCUUACCUUAUCAGGUUUCGCCUGCAAAAUAAUGAGCACAAUGACAUGGUUUGGGUACAUAUUC